AUGUUGUGCUGGUUAUCCCUUGUGCUUGUCUUGGCGACUAAUGUCGCUGCGUUUACUGACUCACCCUCUCCAGAAUCAAACGAUGUACCGUCUCAGUGCCAGGCACGUGCCUGGGUGAGAGCACCUGACAUGGUUCCCGGCGAAGUCAUCGCAGGGGAUGUCAAGAUUAAACUCAGCGGACCAUGCACCCAAGCCAAGAGCUAUGCAAUAGGCUUGCGCUAUAAGGAAAGAGUAUUCUGGAAGUUGCGACAGGAAGAUGCGCCGAUUCUGGAAAUGCUCAAAUUGACGUAUAAUUGGACGGUCUCGAAUAGUGAUUUGUCCCGAGUCCGGCCUAUCCAGAACCUUGGGAAUCCAGACUACUACAAAACAGAAUGGAGGGCAUAUGAGAACUCAGUUCAGAAUAAGGACUCGUGGCCUAUGCACGAGGAAGAACGAACUGCCUUUGAGAUCAAGAGCCCUCUGACCGUUGCAGGGGGGACAGAUACAUUGUCAAGAAACUUCACGACCCGGUUCGGAGUUCUGGUACCUAAUACAAACUACCCUCCAGGAUUAGACUGUCGUGUACGCGGCUCCAUGUCUAACGGGGGAGCGACUCAUAUAAUAUCCAGUGAAUCAAUUUACGAGUACUUUGUUGAAAUCGGGUUUGGCAAUGGCACCACUUCAGAGAUACCUGCCGGAAUGACAGCCUUUAACCCGUUCUACCUCUCGACAGAAAACAACGCACCCAGUGUUAACGUAUCUCUAUCUCCGGCACCCGCACGCUCCGUGUUUAACAUGAAGCCAUCAGUAGUAGACAGGUUGCGGAGCAACUACACGAUUGAGGUAUCUUUCCCUGAAGGAGCUCACGUUUAUCAAAACUCGUCCGUAAACUUUACGGCCAUUGUUCAUCGGACAGGAUAUACGAAUCGGACAGACAUUCCUGUAGAGCUGUGUGCGUUCUCAGCGAAUGACACUGAAUAUCACUCUCAGGAGCUCCGGAACCAAUCACAGCCGUUUGCACCGUUUAUCAGGGCAUUGCUCCCCUUCAAUACUGUCCCCGUGCAGGUUUCGCCAUCCUCUCAAGUUGCAACACCUCAUUCAGUACCUUGUUCCCCGUGCAGAGAGAUCAAAUUUGCAGCAACUCCUGCAUCCUUGGCUCACGAAAGCCACAUCAUUUCCACGUCCUCCGAACCGCUUUCAUUAUCCCUCUACGUGAAGCCCAAUGUUGUUUCAGAUUUUUCAACCUACUAUCAGAAACUGGGACAUCGUGUCAAUCUGAAACUCCAUAUCGCACCUGAUCCAUCAGAGCCAUGGGAAAAUGAAUUCGAGAAGACACAACGGGAGAAGCAGACUGUGGACGCGGAUGAAGUCGAUUGGGUGCCCUGGACGUCGCCAAUGCAGACCCGUCGCCGAACCCUUUCCGGCGACACCAAUAUACUGUCAGUCAUUCCAAUGCAGAAGCAGGGACCUGUGGGAUUGAUGCCAGUCCACUACCUGUCUGAUCAAGCUCGCCAACCAGUAUUUAUCGAUUGGUCAGACAUCGCUGACCUUCGUCUGAUGUUGCCAAAGGAACGCAACCUCAUUGCCCCACUCACGCACCCGUCUAUAAAGGUGUUUCCCAAGGGAGAAGAAAUUCCACGCAGAUAUUUCACUGGCGGUGACAUGCGGUACCCGAUAUACGUUGGGGACGCCUGGGUCAAGAAUGUAUUGCCUAUGACUACUAAGGAUCAGGGCGAGAGUGAUACUGUGGACCACUUGCUUGUUGUGCAGUGAUCAAUUGAUGUAAUGAUCCCAGGGGGUAGUCAUAAAUUCAACAUAGUGUGUAGUGAUUCACACACGAUGAAAUUUAGGUUCUCAACUUCUCAU